AUGGCCGACAGGAACAGCAGUAGAGUGAAGGAGUUUGUCCUCAUGGGAUUCACUCACCGUCCAGAGUUGGCUGCCCCCUUGUUUGCAUUGUUUCUAGUGAACUAUCUCAUCACUAUUGUAGGGAAUCUUGGGAUUCUUAUGUUAAUCAGGUUUGAUGCUCGACUUCACACUCCCAUGUAUUUCUUCCUUAGCAAUUUGUCCUUCUUGGACAUUUGCUACUCAACUACCAUCAGUCCCAGGCUGCUGAUCGACCUCUUAAGGGAAAGGAAAGUCAUUUAUUUUACCGAAUGUCUAGUUCAAUUCUAUUUCUAUGCAACUUUUGCCACCACUGAGUGUUUCCUCCUGGCUGCUAUGGCAUAUGACCGGUACAUGGCCAUCUGCAACCCACUCACCUACACAAUCACCAUGUCUCAGAAGGUUUGUGCUCUUCUGGUGGCUGGUUCAUACAUUGCUGGAUCACUGAAUGCUAUGAUACACACAGGUUGUAUGACUCGUUUAUCAUUCUGUGGUCCUAAUGUCAUUGAUCAUUUUUACUGUGAUGGUCCUCCAAUCUUUCAACUUUCCUGUUCUGAUACCAGCCUCAAUAUCUUUGUGAUGUUUGUAGUUAAGAAAAUGGCUGACAGGAACAGCAGUAGAGUGAGGGAGUUUGUGUUCAUGGGAUUUACUGAUCGUCCAGAGCUGGCUGCCACCAUGUUUGCAUUGUUUCUUGUGAAUUAUGCCAUAACAAUUGUGGGGAAUCUCGGGAUGCUUUUGUUAAUUAGGGUUAAUGCUUGCCUUCACACCCCCAUGUAUUUCUUCCUUAGCAAUUUGUCCUUCUUAGACAUUUGCUAUUCAACCACCAUCAGUCCCAGGCUGCUGAUCGACCUCUUAAGGGAAAGGAAAGUGAUUACGUAUCCUGCGUGUCUACUUCAAUUCUAUUUCUAUGCAACUUUUGCCACCACUGAGUGUUAUCUCCUGGCAGCUAUGGCAUACGAUCGGUACAUGGCCAUCUGCAACCCACUCACCUACACAAUCAUCAUGUCUCAGAAGGUUUGUGUUUGUCUGGUGGCUGGCUCAUACAUUGCCGCAUCACUGAAUGCUAUGAUACACACAGGUUGUAUGACUCGUUUAUCAUUCUGUGGCCCUAAUGUCAUCGAUCAUUUUUAUUGUGAAGGUCCCCCAGUUUUUCAACUUUCCUGUUCUGAUACAAGUGUAAAUUUGUAUGUGAUGUUUGCCUUUGUGGGCUUUAACCUGGUGAUCACUCAUUUGACAGUCCUUAUCUCUUACUCUUAUAUUGCUGUCACUAUUUUGAGAAUCCGUUCAGCUGAGGGUCGGCACAAAGCCUUCUCCACCUGCUCCUCUCACCUGAUGGCUGUCAUCAUCCUGUAUGGAAGUUUCUUCUUUAUGUAUCUCCAACCCAGUUCAUCAACCGAAGGAAAGAAAGUGGCCUCUUUGUUGUAUGCGGUGGUAAUACCCAUGCUAAACCCUCUCAUCUACAGCUUGAGGAACAAGGAGGUGAAGAGUGCUUUGAGACGGGUAGUGGGGAAGUAUAAAAGGUAA